AUGGUUAAGCGAGAAACCCACUCUCUGAUGUACAACUACACAGCAGUCAAAGGACCAAAUACCUUUAAGUGCACUGCUGAUGGUCUGGUAGAUGGAGAGCCAUUUGUGCACUAUGACAGUGACAACAAGACACUAAUCCCAAAAACAUGGUGGAUAAAGAACAUUGUCAGAGAUUAUCCAAGCUACUGGGACAGAGAGACACAAAAGAUGGAUGGUGACAGUGCUGAUCUUAAAAGUUACACUGAAGUAUUGAGAUACUUUGAGCACCGAGUCACCACUGUGACUGAUUUAAACACUCUGUGUGUGUGUGUUUCUGCAGGGUCUCAUACAAUGCAGAGGACGUUUGGCUGUAAGCUUUAUGAUAAUGGCACUACGAGUGGAUUUGAGUGGUACCAUUACAAUGGAGAAGAUUUCCUCAGGCUGAAUCCCACAACUAAAACCUGGAUUGCAGCAAACGCUAAAGCUAAUAUCACCAAACACAAGUGGGAGCUAGAAGGGUACAAUUAUGAGAGGAUAGAAUACCUGGAGAAUCAGUGUAUUGAGUCCCUAAAGCAAUAUAUAAAGAUCAGAAGAGAGUCUCUGGAGAGGAAAGUUCGUCCUAAAGUGUUCUGUUUUCGUGAAAACUCCUCAUCUACAGAGAUGAUGUGCAAUGCUACAGGUUUUCUUCCCAAAGAAAUAAAUAUUACCUGGCAGAAGGACGGCGAGGACGUGCACAAGGAUGUGAACAUCAGCAAGCCAGUUACCAGCUCGGAAGGAUAUUUCCAGAGGACAAGCAUUCUGAGAGUCUCACCUGAGGAGAUACAGAAACACAAUUACACCUGCGUGGUUCAGCACAGCAGCCUGGAGAAAGACUUGGUGCUGCCACUGUCAGAUAAAGAAUCAACUGGUAAAGGUGUUGCAGAUGUAGCCGUUCCUAUUGCUGUUGUUACUGCUGUUGUUAUUGCUGUUGUUAUUUUCUGUAUUCCAAAGAGUUGUAAAAGGAGAUAUUUAAGGACACCUGUAGCGAGUGGAGUAGAGACUAAUAAUAGAAAUGAUGAAAAUGAAACUGUAGUGUGAUUAGGCUAUUUUUCAGA